AGCGUGCGGGUUGAAUUAACGGUAAAAAAAGUUGACCCGCGCUUUUCAUAUAGCACCAAAACCAGUGCCCGUGUGCUUCUUUGGUGCGCGACUGUGUGAGAGUGUAGGAAUUCAAAAAAAACAACAAGGAUAAACUAAAAUUACCUAAUCAAAAUGCUAAAGUGUUUAUCCUUAACGCGCAGUGAACGACAGAGACAUAAAAUAAGUUAAUAUAAUAAAUACAACACCAAAAAAGUGGGGCCAUAAGCCCACUAUUACGGUAAAGAGUAACUUUUGCCGCGUCUCGCGUUUCUUAUUGGAAAAUCUCAGCUUCCGACCAAAAAAAAUUCUGAAAUCCCGUCUUUGAGGAUUUUGUGUUCUCUUGCUGCUACAAACAAAGUAAAAGUUACAGCGAAAGGUUUUGUGCAACGUGUGGCAAGUGCGGCAAGCAAGCGAGUGCAACGCAAGUUUAAUUCGAUUUUAGUGUGUAACAAUCAGAAAAAAAAACAGCAGCUGAAGAGAAAAAAGUCUUACUUGUUUGCGUGCAGGUGCUUUUUGUGGGUGCGAUAUAUGUGGAAACAGCAGGAAAAUUGUUAAAGUGGAUUAGCAGACAUUUUCAACACUGUCCUUGGAUUUUUUUGGAUGUGCGUGUUAAAUUCUUCACCUUCUGCUUGCUCAUGAAAUCAUGAUUACGAGAAAAUACAGAUAAAAAUGUCGACAAACACUCACUGGAAGCCUCAGCAAAUUUGGGCUGCUUUUUUUGUGACCACUCUUUGCCUAUUGGACACACGCGCAGCCUGGGCGAAGAAGCUGAAUGCGAGUCAAGCAUUCGACGACACUUGGAAUACGGCAUCCGACUUAGAAAAUGAACUGGAACAACAGAAGCGGGCGAAGGGUCAGAGUGCAGGAGGAGGAGGAGGAGGAGGCAGUGGAGCCGGCCAGUGGUCAAGUUGGUCGGACUGGUCGACCUGCUCGCGCACCUGCGAUGGAGGCAUCAUGCAACAGAUGCGCAGGUGCGGCAACGGCAGCCCAGGCAGCUGCCGCGGCGAAAGCGCCCGCUAUCGCAUCUGCAACAUGCAGCCGUGUCCAGAGCAGCAGGACUUCCGCUCCAGCCAAUGUGCCGCAUACAACGAUGUCCCCUACGACGGCACCCUGUACAAGUGGACUCCGCACUACGAUUACGUCGAGCCCUGUGCUCUCACAUGCAGGGGACAUCCGGCGCAUCUCAUCGAAGACAUAUCCCGUGAGACGGGAGGAGGGAAUGCCGAGGAGGCGGAGCAUUACGACGAGCAGAGCGUCAUUGUGCAGUUGUCGGCAAGGGUCCAAGAUGGAACUCGCUGUCGUUCCGGCAGCCUGGAUAUGUGCAUCCAAGGAAAAUGUCAGCGCGUUGGCUGCGACUUGAAAAUCGGCUCGACGAAGAAAAUCGACGGCUGCGGCGUUUGCGGCGGCGAUGGAAACUCCUGCUCCCAACCACUUUAUUAUUGGGAGAUGGCACCGAUGUCGCAGUGCUCCGCCACCUGCGGCGGUGGUUACAAAAUGGCUCGACCUUUAUGCAGGAAUCGUCUAACCAACGCCGAUGUCGAUGAUUCGCUCUGCAGCCAAACUAAUCGCCCGGAGGCGUCGGUGGAGCAAUGUAAUACCCACAGCUGUCCUCCGCGCUGGAUAACCGACGAUUGGAGCACUUGCAGUCGGCUAUGUGGCCACGGGUAUCGUGAGCGGAUGGUUGUCUGUGCGGAGGAGUCGAACGCCAUCAAGACGAGGGUCGCCGAUAUCAUGUGCCGCACACCCAAGCCGCCAACACAAGAGACCUGCAUUAUCGAGGAGUGUCCGCAUUGGGAGGUCGAGGACUGGACCGGUUGCUCGGUUUCCUGCGGACAGGGAAUACAAAUGCGAGGCGUCGAAUGCAAAUCGACAGACGGCAGCCUGAGUGCCAAAUGUGAUCCACUCACCAAGCCGGGCAGCAUGCAGCAGUGCUCCAUUGGCAUCCACUGCGGCGGAGGCGGAGGCGGUGGCGGUGGGUCGGCGAACAAAGGUGGUGGCACCAUCAUCGUGGGCAGCAGCCGGUCGCUGAACGAGCGGUCGGAGCGACAGAUGGACAGCUCGGAUGUGGAUGACGACGACGAUGACGAGGACGUGGACGAUGAGGCCGAAGAUAUCGAUGACUUGGAAUCUGGCCAGGAUACCGAUGACGGCGAGGGCCUGUCCUAUGCCGAUCAACCUUUGCGCUAUGCCCAUCGCACACAAAGUCGACUGCAGCAGGAAACCCCAGAUGAGCCGCGCACCAUGCGUCUGAUGACCGCAAAUUUGAAUAGUAAUUAUAACCGAGGAAAUGGCGGAUCAGAUGGGCCCUCAUUGGAUCCCACGUACAUCAAGGAUGUUGAGUGGUCACCAUGUAGCGUGACCUGCGGCGAAGGAGUGCGUCGACGGGCCUACAACUGCAAGAUAUUCCUGGAAUACUCUCGAACAGAGGCCACCGUGAAUGAUUCGCUAUGUGAGGGGAAGAGACCACAUGACGAGGUGGAACGGUGUGUGGAGGAUCCGUGCAUGCUGCCCUCGCACGGCUUCGACGACCAGUUCCCCAGGGACUCCAUCAAAGUGGGAGUCUCGGAGCCAGGCAAGACGUACGUCUGGCGGGAACAGGGCUACACGUCCUGCAGUGCCUCCUGCCUCGGCGGCGUGGAGGAGCUGAUCAUCAACUGCGUGCGGGAGGAUAACGGCAGGGUGGUCUCACCCUUCCUCUGUUCACCGGAAACCAAGCCGGAGGCGAGGGUGCGCACCUGCAACGACCGUCCGUGCCCGCCCAGGUGGAACUACUCGGACUACACGCCCUGCUCCAAGAGCUGCGGCAUUGGCAUCAAGACCCGCGAGGUGCAGUGCAUCCACGAGGUGACCCGCGGUGGCGACAACACCAUGGUGGUGCCGAACAGCAUGUGCCCACAGCCACCGCCGGCAGAUCGACAGUACUGCAACGUGCUCGAUUGCCCCGUUCGGUGGGAGGUUGGUGAGUGGGCCAAGUGUUCACACACCUGCGGCUACGGGUUCAAGGAUCGCAAGGUGGAGUGCAAGCAGAUAAUGGCCCAGGAGCACAAGAUCGAGCGCCCCGAAUCGAUGUGUCCGACUGCCAAGCCGGCGGACAAAAAGCCCUGCAACGUGAAGCCCUGCCCGCCGGAGGAUCCCAAGCCGGUGAUCCAGAUAAACAACUCAACCCACAUCCAGCACGACCCCAAGAAGACCAAGAUCACGCUGAAGGUGGGCGGUGCUGGGGUGGUGUUCUUCGGCACUCAGGUCAAGAUCAAGUGCCCCGUGAAGCGGUACAACCGCACCAAAAUCAAGUGGAGCAAGGACCACAAGCCGCUGCAGCGUUCGCGCAAGUUCAAAGUGUCGAAGAAGGGCGCCCUGCGUAUACUUGAUAUCACGUUCCGCGAUGCCGGAGUCUACUCCUGUCACGCCGGUCUCAGCUCCGCGGAAAUAAGCAUCGAGGUGAAGGCCAAGCCGGGCCAGCAGGCCGAGGAGCUGGAGCGUCAGGAAGUAGAUCGUUUGGUGCGUGAACGGAGCGGCACGGAGGCGCUCACCUCGGCGGACAUGACGUCGGCGGGGGCACCUGGCACUUACGGUGGAGCGGGAACUGAUGGACCCGCUAAUGGGUCGACGCAGCAGCAGGGCACACGUCGCAGACAGCAGCAGUCGGAGCGUUUGCAGAAUGGCCGGGAACGGAACAGGAGACCCAAGUCGGACGGAGUUCAGCAUGCGGAUAGCAGCAUUAUGGAGGACGAUCAUUCGCAAUUAGUGCAAUCCCAGGACAGAGUUCCACAGCCGGCGAGCGCCAGCAGCGGGAGUAGUCGAACCAGGACCCUGCUGGCCAUGCCAUAUUUCCAGGCUCUGCUCAGCAAUCUCCAGUUGCUAUGGCCGCUGCAGCGCUUCAAGGACUCCCGUGGCCAGCACAUGCUCCAAGGCGAAGCGCUCAAGUACGGCCUCGAUUUGGAAGGCACUCACUUCGAGCAGGACGAGCCGAUGCGUGUCCUGACCAAGGAGCUGCACACCGAGGUAGGACCCGUUCGCACCGAUUCCCACCGGGAGGGCGAGGGGCGGGCGGAAGCCGAGGCGGAGGCGGAGGCGGAGGACAUCAUGCCCCACAUGCCGCACGCUCGAUGGGAAACUGCAGCGGUAACCACGACAACGGCGGUGCCGAGCCUUGAAAGCGGCGGCUUCUUGUACAAAUGGUUGCUGGGCGAGUGGUCCAAGUGCUCGCAGGAAUGUGGAGCAGCUGGCAGCGGUUUGCAGCGACGCACGGUGCGCUGCGAGCGAUUGGCGAAGGACAGGAGCUCCAGCAGCGGCGUAGAUGAGGACACUGAAAACGAUGUCGUCGACAAUUCAGAGUGCACCGCCCACGGACUGGUCCUGCCCGACCCGUUCCAGAGCUGCGGCAACGAGGUCUGUCCGCAGUGGAGCAAGGCCGAGUGGUCGCCCUGCAAGCGGUCCCGCUGCCACGGCAGGAACACGGCCGUGCAGCGCCGCGAGGUGACUUGUCGCUACGACAACGGCACUGUGGGCAGAGCCUGCGACGAGUACGAGCGGCCGGCGAUGCGGCAGGACUGCUACAACGAGCGCUGCAAGGGUGUGUGGCGCGUGGAGCCCUGGUCUGAGUGCAAUGCGCCGUGCGGGCGCCAGGGCAUCAAGUACCGCAUCCUGCAGUGCGUCUGGUACGGCAGUCGCCGGCCAGCGGGCAAUGUGUGCAAGCACCAACCCCGCCCAGCGGUCAUGAAGGUCUGCAAAAGUCCGCCCUGCCAGGCCAAGUCGUCUUCCCCGGCCCCCUCGCACUGUCGCGAUUCCUCCCGCUACUGCCGCAAUGCCCGCUCCAUGGGCCUGUGUAGACUGCAUCGCUACAAGGAGAAGUGCUGCGGAUCCUGCCAGCAGAAACAGCAGCAGCCGAAUCAAUAUAUAUUCCAUUAGCUCCGCUGCGGCCUACCAAAUGAGCGAGAAAUUUACGAAUUCUGCAAGCAAUUACUCUAAGUACCAUAAAUCUAACGAACUAUAGAACGAUAUAAAGUUAAACUUAUCCAUAUGUAUGUAUUGUCAGCCACACCCAGACUAACACGAAUUGCCUAUGAUUUUGUAUUGAGUCCAGGCCAAGCACUAUCUAGAUAUAUUUGAUCGAUUUAAAAAAACAUUUUUGGUAUUAGUUUAAGUUGCAAAUGUUUAGAAAUUGUAAGUGUAAGUGACGAAAAUAACGAUCGACUUUAUUUUUAAAUCGUUGGUUGAAAUUUAAUUUUUUUGGUACUGCUUACGUGUUGAAGAAUAUUUGGAGAACAAAUUCUUAACAUCAAUAAAAUUGACAUACACAUGUAAAAAUAUGCCCCUUUUGUCCGCAAUAUCUUCGUCAGCGUUAAGUGGCACAAGUUGGCUAUCAAUGUUGGGAAUUUGUAUUAAAUACUAAAUAUAUAGGCCGCAAAUUCAUAGACUCUAGAUUGUAAAGAAUGUCGAUUCUAGAUAACCCCAACCACACGCUAAAAAUCCAAAUCAAAAACCGCGUUGCAUCACAGAUUCAUUGGUGUUCACAUACCUUUAUCGCUGAAGAAAAGCAUUUACAAGGAUUUCAAAAGUUGUUCACGAAAAAUAAGACAACAAAAAUUACUUGCGAGUUCAUAAGCUUCAAAUUGGGAUUUUUCCUGGUAUUUGUAUUAUAUUUUUAGUAUUUUAGCUGUAUCCACUAAUAAACAAUUUCUAUACAAAUUGUUUGCCUGGCAAAAUAUUCUAUAUGGAAAUUGUUGUUGGAACUGGUUACACUUUAACACCUUUGAAACGUUUGCAACCUAAAAGAAAACCAUAGGUUUAAUUUAUAAAAAAUUUUCCUACCCCAUCAAGUGUUAAAAUAGACAUGACAUUUGGAUCCGAAGUAAGCAUACAAAUUGGCAGGAGCCUUGGACAGAUCUAACAAUUUGUAUGCUUACCAAUUAAUCGACAAACAACAAGACCGUAAUGUUUGUGAACAUUUCAAUGGCAACAGCUUUGCUUUAAGCAAUUAAAUCCUUAAAACAUUAAUGACUCUGAAGUAAUACAUAUUUCAGCAGCAAGCGACUAGAUUAAAUUUUCACUACGCCUCAAAAAUUGAAUGCAUGUCAAAUGAUUCCGAGUCAAAAAUAAAGUCAGGAAAAAUGGCGCUACAAAAAAAAUAAAGUUUAGGAUAAAGUAACAUAGCCAAAAUUGGAAGUAAAGGUUUAGGAGUGUGUUCAUUAAGUAUGAUUUGAUUUAUUACUGACUUUAAUGGCCCCCAAAAAGUAGUUGAAAUGUUUUAGCAAAUAUUUCCGAAUAGCAUUAAACUUAAAUUAAUCAGCUGAAAUAGCGAAGCCUAUUAAAGCUUGUAUUACAUUUGUAAGAGCAGCAUGACGCAAAAAAAAACAAAACCGCACUGUUACCUUGUGAACAAAAACUGAAUAUUAAUAUGUACAUAUAGGAAAAGACAGAUACAUAGGUAACCGUAUCGAGAUGCACCUUUGACUAUUCCAUCGUCAAUUUAUAGCACUAAUUUAACCCUUGUUUUGCAUUUAUCAAUUUACCACUAAGGAUAUUGUAAAUAAAUCAAAUUCGACCCUAAAUCAACCUUUCAUUUAAAGGCACGCCAUGUAAUUUUAUUAACAGAAAACUAUGUGGAAUAAAUAUUUACGCCUAUUUGUAAUUAGUUUUUUUAUGAACAAAUUGUUUUGUAAGCAUUAACAUAAAAUUAAACAAUACAAAAAUAUUGCAGCGUGUUAGCUGCUAACACUAUAGUUUAAAUAUUUUCAUUGGAAAAAGUAAGCGAGACAGCAAAUCCAGCGAAUUUUAAAUGCGUAAAUAAAUAUUUAUGCUGUUAAGUGAAAGUUAUUAAUAGUAAACCCAUUAAAGUAAAUGCAACCGUAACCAAUGUUAAACACACACAUACACAAACAGACAUGUUAACACUCUAACGCAGCCUCACAUCCAUACAUAUGCGCCAAUCCCAUAAUAUUAUAUUGCAAGGAUAUGAACAUUGCCGAAAUAUUCUAAGAAUUUAAAACAAAUGUGGAAUAAUAUUAAAUACUGACAAA